AUGGGAAAAACAGUGCUGUUGGUCAUGGACAUCCAGAAUGGCGUCCUGGAGCUCUUGGGAAAUAUGGAACCAUACCUCAGCCGCCUGGCGCCAGUGAUAAACUCUGCUCGCGAAGCAGGAAUCCCGAUAAUCUACGUCGCCACUGGUUUCCGCCCUGGCUAUCCCGAAGCAUCUGCACGAAACUCCUCUACCGCCAAGGUCGCCGCUUGGGGUGCCUUUAUCGAAGGCGACGAGUCCACCAAGAUCCACCCGGCCGUUGCCCCUGCUGAUGGAGAUGUGGUAAUUACCAAGCGACGGGUUUCUGCCUUCCAUGGAACCGAUCUCGAUCUUAUCCUGCGUAGUAUGGAUGCGGAAACCCUGGUUAUUACCGGAUUAAUAUCCAGUGGUGUCGUUCUUUCUACUAUACGCCAGGGUGCCGAUCUUGAUUAUCGACUUACUGUUUUGAAAGACCUUAGCAUGGAUCGUGAGCAAGAAACUCAUGAGAUGCUUGUCAAUAAAGUCUUUGCAAAACAGGCUCAGAUCCUCUCAUCAGCAGAGUGGGUGGCGGGGCUCAAAAAGCCAUGA